CGGAGGCCGGGCACGGCGCUGCGGGAGGCGGGACGGGCUCGGAGGAGCGGAGCCUCCCGGAGCUCUUUGUCCUGGGGCCGAGCAUCCCCUCCCUUGUGCUGUCCGAGGGCGACGAACUCCGCCCGGCCGGCGUUGGGGGCGCGGACGCCCGUCUGCCCCCCGGGGGCUCGGGGGUCGCGGCUCCCCCGUGCCGGCUCCCCGCCAUGGCCUUCACCUUCGCCGCUUUCUGCUACAUGCUGUCGCUGGUCCUCUGCGCCGCCCUCAUCUUCUUCGCCAUCUGGCAUAUAAUUGCCUUUGAUGAGCUACGGACAGACUUCAAAAGCCCUAUAGAUCAAUGCAACCCAGUCCACGCAAGAGAGCGACUGAGAAAUAUUGAGCGUAUUUGCUUCCUCCUGCGAAAACUGGUGUUGCCGGAGUACUCUAUCCAUAGCCUUUUCUGCAUAAUGUUUUUGUGUGCCCAAGAAUGGCUCACACUGGGGUUAAAUGUUCCUCUGCUUUUUUAUCACUUCUGGAGGUAUUUUCGUUGCCCAGCAGAUAGUUCAGAACUAGCAUAUGAUCCACCCGCAGUCAUGAAUGCAGAUACCUUGAGUUACUGUCAAAAAGAGGCCUGGUGUAAGCUAGCUUUCUAUCUCCUUUCUUUCUUCUACUAUCUUUACUGCAUGAUCUACACUUUGGUGAGCUCUUAACUGAAAUACCAUCAUUGAAGACUGAAAACAACAAAGGCUGUGGAGGUACAAGGGUGAGUGAACCAAGUGAUGCAUGAGAAAAAAAAAAAAAAGGAAAAAAAAUAGAGGAAGACUUUGAACCCAAGAAGUAAAUAAAGUAUGUGAAAGAGAGAUCCAGAAGAAGCAGAGUACCAUGAAGAAUGGCUGAGUUAACUGUGUUUAUCUUUUGUUUCUCAGUGUGUUGCAGUAAAUGGCUUUCAAAACCCAAGCAAAACCAAAAAAUGCAACAAGGUGGGCUGAGUUACAGAACUAUUCACCUCUUCAGGGAUAAUGCUACUCAGCUAAAUGCAGUCAUCAUAAACUGUAGCCCCUACUGUCUUCCAGGGAGCAAAGUUUUGUUGUUGUUGUUUUUGCUUUUAAUGACUGUUCUGUUCUGAGGAAGCAGAGGUCAAGAUCAUCAUACACAGCAAGAACAGCUACACAAUAUGUUCUGAAAAUGAGCAUUGACGAAUUCAGAUAAGAUGUGUGCCCAUUCUGCAGGGAUGUUCUUGUGACAUUACUCAAACAGGGAUAUUGGAUCUUGGGAAAUCGUUUACAGGUGUUUUUCUUUUUUUUUUUUUUUUCCAGCCAUAACAAAAAUAACAGAAGAAUUUAGAAAUUACAGUGUUCUGUUUAUAAUGAUAUGCUAUUUCUGUAGAUAACUGUCCAGUAUGUUUCUGUAUUUCAUUCCUGAUGAAUCAAUAGCACAGUAAUAUAUGUAAAUGCAUUGAGAUUGACCUAAGUAUGUCAAGCACUCACCAGAGUAGUGUUCCUCUUACUGCAAAAAAGACUGAUAAAAGCUGCAUAUGUUAAAGAGGAUUGUAAUGUAAAUGUUAUCUUUAGAAUGCUGGAUAACAAAAUGCUGGAGCAGGUGAUCAUGGGCUGUAAUUCUAUUGUGCAGCUUUAUUUCUGCUGUCAAAUUUAAGCUAAAACUAAGGCACAAAAUGUUUUUGUCUCAUACUAGGUGGGUAUUGGAAGUUUUUCUUUUUUAUAAUUUAAAAGUUUUUUUUUAUUAUUAUUAUUUUACCAUAUAAUUUAUAUUUGUCUAUAUAUGUGUUGUAUAUCUUCAUAUAUAUGUGUAUACAAAUGAACAUCUAUAUAAACACAAUCUAUUCAUAUUUUAGGUUUAUCUGUUUGAUUUAACAGGUCAGGAGCAUUAUAUGUCUAGAACUGCUGCUAAGACUAAUAAGACUAGUACCACCACCACACGCACAAAAACUGCUUGGGUCUUGCAUUGUCAAUGAGGUAAUAAAACAUGUUACUAGCAGAGAUGCAGAGUGUGCAAAGAGGCCCAUCUGUAUGGAAACAGCUUGGUUACAGACAGUCUUGUUAGCACUAGCUCAUUGUUCACCCUCCCAAAUUUGUUCUGGGUAUUGAGAUCCAACAGAUUGUUCUUUAGAACUUUGGGCAUGGGAUUUCAGAAGGAGAGGUCCGGUCUCACAUAUUCAGCACCAUCCCUGUACUAACAAAACCUGUUCUAGAGCAUGGUGGAGAAGCAAUGGCUGAAUGCAGUAAUCUCAUGUCUGGCAAGGUCAAAAUGGUGCUGGAGUUACUGUAUGCAUACAGUGACAAGGUUUUUGUUGGUGUAAUCAGACUAUGGUAACAAAAUUAAAUUCUUUUAGCCUGCAAAGUACUGUUGGUGAAUUAAAAACUGUCUGCUUGUGGCCCAUGCCAACUCCUGGGCAUUGCCUGCAAUAGUGCUAACUGGCUUGUGUAAGAAGUAUAUUGGGGUCAUUCUAACAAUAUUUAGAAGAUCAACUUGUUCCAAACACAGACAUUCUUUAAUUUAUCAGUACAGACAUAGCCAAUAAGUCUUGCUGUAUGAAGUUUAACUUCUUACAACCUAGCAUUCCCACUUCUGGGAAGCACACAACAAGGCUGCCAAUUCAGGUUACUUAGGAAGCUAAUUUGAACUUGAUGGUUCAUGAGUUUGGAUUGCACACACUACAGAAGUGGCUAAGUAUGCUCUUGAAAUCACAUUGACCUUGCAAUCUGUAUGGCUGUGUUUGCUUGGAGUGUACUUGAGCUAAGAAACUUUGCAGGGUCAUUACACAGCUAACUCUGAUAAAGUUCUGUUGCCAUGAUAUAAUUAAUGCAAAAUUGAUCAAAAGCUGUAGUUUGUCUUUAACUGAAUUUCUUUUGUACAUACUAUAACUUUAAGCACCUUGUUCUGCAGAAGUAUAGGAGCUAACUUCACAAGAGAAAACCAGCAUCACAGUGAUAACUUCUAAGCAUCUCGCUACCUUAUAAAGCUCUCAAAUCUGAGUAGGUGACUGAAUCUUUCCAGAAUGCAUCAGGGGUAGAAAAAACUGAAGUCAGCUUUUCUACAUUCUAGAUAUAUGCUUUAAAGUCAGUUUCAUGAAAAGUCCUGGUGUGUUUUUGUGAGGCUGAAUGGGUGAAAUUAUGAUCAGGUUUUGCAGGAAAAGACAAUUUUCAAAUCCUGAGCUUUAGGCAUGAACUAGAUCACUAGCAGAUCAGUUGAUUGUCUACAGGGCUCUGUGAGUUUUUGUAACUGGCAUUAUUAUCUAAUCCUUGCCUUUGUACACAAAGAGGCACUUGCAUUCACAGGUCUUCUGAAUGUGGCUUCAGAUGACUGCAAAGGCAUACUGCUUGAACGGACCUGCUAGGUCACUCAGAACAAAUUCUCUGUUUCAGGCAACCUCAUCAAUACUUCUCAAUCAUCACUUGAAAGCAGAAUAGUUGGUUUGAUCCCACUACUGCUGUCAGUGUUUCCAGGAUCUUGCUGCUCUCAUAAUCACAAGUUUUUCUUCAUUUCCAGCUUAACACUUGUUCUUGCAUAAUUCAUCCAUUUGCUUUUGAGCCAACAUUAGUCUAAAUACCCCUUAUCUCAUGACAUUUAACACCCUGAUGCACAGGGAGAACAGUCCUUUUCAGCCUCUAUUUGGUUAGAAGUGAUCUGUCUCUUCUUUCAUCCUCCCAUAGAAAAGCUCUCCAUUCUCCAUGUCUUCUUUAUAAGAUUUCUCUACUGUCUUUCCAGUCAAAUUAAUUUUGCCUAAGAGCGGAUAAUGAAAGCUGUUCAGAGAAUUCUGAAUGUCUUACCCCAUUUCAUCCUUGCUAUGAAAAGACAAUGAAAGCUAACUUUCUCAUUUUUUAACAGAAAUCCUUGUUCAAAAAAAGAAAUCCCACUGUUCUUAAUAACACUUUGUUUCUCUUAAAGAAAAAUUUAAAUUUAAGUCAAUGGAAAAAUCAUCUAAUAUGAGAAUACUUUCCCUUUCCUGGAAUUUAGUGAAGCAGAAAUACUGAGCAGAAAUAACAAAUGAAAGUUGCAAAAACAUUAAUUAGAGUAUGUGGUAAAUGUAAAGCUGUUAUCUCCAACCCAGAACUCAAAAGUAGUAAGUGUCCAAGGUGUAUGACAGUAUAAAGAAGUUGCUGAUACUGUGUGCCUCACAGACAGCAGAGUAAGAUACAGCCCUCAGUGUGUUCAUUGCUCAGUGUUGUUACCCAGUCAGGUUGCAGCAUCUUGCUAGAUUACCCCAACAGACCAACACCAACAGCACUUGGUUGUAGUACAGCACAAAAUCAUUAUGUGGCGGUGCUGCUGUUGUGACAAGUAGACUGCAAUAUUGUAUUCACAGUGGUAUCUAGAUUAAUCAUUUUCUUACAAUGACGGGAUUGAAGCCGUGGAUUUAU